AUGUGCUCCAGACAGUCCUCCAGAGGUUGCCAUGAAACUUCCUCCCAGUCCAGUGGAUGCCACAGCGGGAGCAGCUGCUGUCAUGGGGGCAGCUCCUCCAGCUACCAGGCUCAGGGCUCCUCUUGCUGUGGGGGCUCAGGCUCAGGCAGCUAUGGUGGGAUGCUCAAAGAUGUGCUCCAGACAGUCCUCCAGAGCUCCUCCAGCUACCAGGCUCAGGGCUCCUCUUGCUGUGGGGGCUCAGGCUCAGGCAGCUAUGGUGGGAGCAGCUCUGGCAAGAUCAUCAUCAGCUCUGGUGGUGGAGGAGGUGGAUCCUGCUGCAGUGGGGGAUCCUCUGGCUAUGGCAUGGGAGGAGGAUACGGCGGUGGCAGUGGGGGAUCUGGCCAGAAGAUCAUUGUGAGCUCAGGUGGUGGAGGAGGUGGCUCAUCUGGAUGCUGUGGCGGGGGAUCCAGCGGUGGGUCUUCAGGAGGGAAGAUCAUCAUUGGAGGUGGAAGCAGUGGAGGAUCAUCUGGAUGCUGCAGUGGGGGCUCCUCUGGCUACGGCAUGGGAGGAGGCUACAGCGGUGGCAGUGGGGGAUCUGGCCAGAAGACCAUUAUUAGCUCAGGUGGUGGAGGUGGUUCAUAUGGAUGCUGCAGUGGGGGGUCCAGCAGUGGGUCUCCACAAGGGGUAAUCAUCAUUAGAACUGGAGGUAGUGAGAGUUCCUCUGGAUGUUGUAGUGGAGGAUCCAGCUAUGGCAUGGGAGGAGGCUAUGGUGGUGGGUAUUCCGGAUCAAAGAGCAUCAUCGGAGGUGGCAGUAGUGGAGGAUCAUCUGGAUGCUGCAGUGGGGGAUCCAGCAGUGGAUCUUCAGGAGGCAAGAUCAUAAUUGGAGGUGGAAGCAGUGGAGGGUCAUCUGGAUGUUGCAGUGGAGGAUCCAGCUAUGGUAUGGGAGGAGGCUACGGUGGUGGGUCUUCAGGAUCAAAGAUCAUCAUUGGAGGUGGAAGCAGUGGAGGGUCAUCUGGAUGUUGCGGUGGAGGAUCCAGCUAUGGCAUGGGAGGAGGCUACGGUGGUGGGUCUUCAGGAUCAAAGAGCAUGAUGGGGGGUGGAGGUAGCGGAGGAUCAUAUGGAUGCUGCAGUGGAGGAUCCUCUGGCUAUGGCAUGGGAGGAGGAUACGGCGGUGGCAGUGGGGGAUCUGGCCAGAAGAUCAUUGUGAGCUCAGGCGGUGGAGGAGGUGGCUCAUCUGGAUGCUGUGGCGGGGGAUCCAGCGGUGGGUCUUCAGGAGGGAAGAUCAUCAUUGGAGGUGGAAGUGGCGGGGGAUCUUCCGGAUGCUGCAGUGGAGGAUCCAGUUGUGGCAGUGGUGAUUCCACAAUCAUCAUCAGCUCUGGAGGGGGCAGUGGAGGCCAGUCCAUGCAGCAGAAAUGCCCCAUUGUCAUUCCCAGCAUCGAGUCCCAUCAGACCAAGCAAGGCUGUUACUGGCCCUCUGGCCAGCAGAAGUAA